AUGUACUUAGAUGACUUGAAAAAAUUCAUUAUUGAAUUGCCACAGAAGUCGAAUUUUGAUCUCGAUGAUGAAUUGAAUCACUUGGUACAACUUGCUCUUUACUAUGCCUCAUCGAAUGAUGGGAAGUAUUUAAAGAAAUGGUUUCCAAAUAUCUCUAAACGUCAGCAAGAUGCAUUGAAGAAUUAUAAUAUCCCGCACGAUGUGCAUUUAUUUGGUACUCCAUUUUACGAAAAACACCUCGAUUCAGGAUCGGGGAAUUAUACUCACCCUCCUAACAAAACCUGCCUGAGGGAGCUUAUACCGGGAGAAAAUGUAUAUCGGUGCGAGCAGUGUGGUUACGACAAUAGUUGCGUAUUGUGCUACCAUUGCUUUAAUGCGGAUGAUCAUGUAGGUCAUAAUGUAUAUAUCUACUCGGCAAGCACUCUAGGUGGCGGGUACUGUGAUUGUGGAGAUCCUGAAGCUUUCAAGAAUUUAAACUGUAAGUGCCAAAUACCUAAGGGCAACGGCAGUAGUGACAAUACUAUCAGUGGGGGUGGUGAUAUUGAAGUUGAGCAAAACGUUGUAGAAGAAGACUUCCAAGAUGCUCUUACUGAAACCAUUAAGUUUUGUCUUGAAUAUAUACUUGAUGUCACCAAUUGCGAUACUUUGAUGCUACCAUUUAUCCAUGAUAACGCUGGAGAAUCCAGUGCCAUUGUGAGGGAGAUCUCCAACUUAUCGUCAUUACCUCAGUCUAAAUAUGGAUACAAUUCACAGGAUGUAAACUCGGACAAUAUUUGGCACCUCAUAUUAUGGAACGACGAAAUCCAUAAUUACCCCCAGAUUGAGAAUAUUCUUGGUGUUUGCUUUGGAGCUGAUAGGAAAGAUGCUUUAACUAUGGCUCAAACAAUAAACGACACUGGACGUCAUAUCGUUCAAACAUCAUCAGAUUUCAACCAACUCCUCAAGUCUCAAAAGGAAUUAAGAAAAAUUGCAGUAGUCACCACAAUUGUGAGUGGUCGUGAUUAUUCGAGACAAAUUAUAAUAGAUCAGAUGAUUUCAUGGAUACUGCAAAUUUCAUCAUCUCCCAAUUCUCCCAAGGCAUACCCUGACUUUCAAGGUACAUUUACCUCUAUUUUGGCAGAGCUAUUAUUAGAGCCUCACGUCACUAUGGCUACUACAUUCCCUAUUGAAAUCAUUUCACCAAACUUAGAAAACUUAUCGCAAAAAUGUUAUGAGAACGGAUUACUUAUAGAUAACAAUGAUUUUCCUUGUAAUGGAUUAUUCAAAAUCAGAAGUGAAGACUAUGAUGGAAAUGAACUCGAUAAAUUCUGGUUUCAAUCUGCAUCAAGUGUUUUAGAGAGAGAUAACAUAGAUAGGAAGAGAAACAAAUUCUUUGAUAAAUCCAGAGUUCAAUAUUUGAUGUUAUUUGAAAUUAGAUUUAACAAGCUUGUGAGAAAGAGUUUAUCUAAAUUGUUGACUGCAACAUUGAUCUCAGAUACUGAGACUAAGUUUGAAUUUGCUAGGCAGUUAGUUCAAAUAUACCCAAAUUUAUUGACCUCAUCAGCUUUAGCUGAUCGUGAAGAAGGUUUAAACUUUUUAUCUAGUGUUGACCAACAAGUUUUGACUUGCCCCGCAACAAUUAAACACAUUUUACAUUUGGAAGAGGGGAGAAGUUUAAGAUAUAUCCUUGGCCCAUUGAUUGAUAUAAUAGAACGUUAUGCAAGUUCUACUAACGAAGAACAUAUGUACAACCAAUUCAUUUUCUUGCCUGAUGGCGAGGGAGACCGCCAGAAUAGAAAAAAUAGGCCUUUGAACGCGGCUAUUCUUCUUGGUCUUCGUGACUUUAGAUAUUUUGUGGAUAAAAAGUCAUUAGAUGAAGAAGAUUUUAAGUUAAUUUUGAGUCGUGAUAAUAUGAUCCUACUUUUCUUAUUAUUGAGAUUUUUUCAAGGAAUGUGGUCAAAUACAAAAAAAUAUGGGGACCAUGUUGAACAUGAAUCAGAUGAUUGGACAGAUUGCUUUAAUUAUAUCGCUAUUGUUUUAGACAUUGUUAAGCUUAUUGCUGAUUCUCCUGUUAUUGAAAAUAUUCCACACAAAAGAUUCGAGGUUGCUAAAUUUUUCAUUAAACAGGCUCAUUUGGCUGUAGUAUCAAUGGUGUCAAAUGGGGUUGCUAAUUAUAAAGUUAGUGAAGAGACGACUAGUUUUAUAAAUCCAAUACAAUCUUUUAUUUCAUUGUUGACAAGAUACAAGGGAUUUGGCCGAGAAUUAGAAACUUUUUUCAAAACGGAAUUUAAUGGCCCAUUCAUGAAGAUAUCUGACUUUUCAUUGAGAAGUAUAGUAAUGGCUUCACAAAUAAAAAUCGGGUUUUGGGUUAGAAAUGGAUAUUCUGUAAAUAUGCAAUCCAACCAUUAUCUAAUGGGGAGAAACUAUGGAAGUUACAAGCGAGAUUUACAUUUGAAUCAAAUUGCAAGCAUUGUUGAUGAGCCAAAGACUACUUUAUUCAAUUUUUUGGAGAGAUGGGAGUUAUACGAGUGGUUUACUUCUACGGACGGGAAAAUGAAAUUCGAUGAAACAAUUUAUGAAGAGAGAUUCAGUUCUAUUGUCGAGGAAUUUGUAAAUUUUGUUUAUAUAUUGAUAACUGACAGAACUAGCUUUUACACUGGUGAUGAUAUUAGGGCCAAGGGAUUGAGAAAUUCCAUUUGCUAUAAUUUACUUGGUGGACCUAUGGCAUAUUCAAGACUUAAGAAUUUAUCCGAGGAGUAUUUGAUUUCAGAUUCAGCUUUAGAUUUUGAUUCUGUUUUAAGAAGUGUGGCAAGUUAUCAGCCUCCUACAGGAAUUACCGAUUCGGGUAUGUACAGAUUGAAAGACAAAUGCUUUUCCGAUUUAGAUGCCAUCAGUUUAUUCUUGGGAACUAACAAGUUCCAAGAGAAUUGGGAAGUUCUCACGAAGCACUUAGAAAAGAAGUCUCAAAGCAAGAACGGGUCAGGUUUUACUUUGGAACCAAGAUUCACUGCAUGCGAGAAUGCUUAUGCGAAUGAAAACUUGGCUAGAUUCACUAAAACUAGAGAGUUUGUCAAAUUCUUGUACAGACUUAUUCAAGCUGCCAUUGAUAACGCUGAUGAAACUUAUUUAUUACAGCUUUUGCAUUUAGUUCAUGCAAUUUUGCUUGACGAUCUAAAAUUGAGUGGUUCAGAUUACUUGAACGAGCAGUUUGUAAUUAUUCCUAUAUGCGACUUGUUAUUAGCCAUUGUGGAUUCCACAAUGUCGAAACCAAUCAUUUACAAAUCAGAAUUCUUGUUGAACUUUUUAAUUGAAAGGGACGAAAGGAUUAUGGAUUCAUUAAUUGCAUGUUUUGGUGAAUCUCGAGUUGAGUUGUACGUCAGUGAAAAUGCUGACAAGGGGAGUAAAGAGUCUGAAGCAGAGAAGAGGAAAAGAAUAGCAAGAGAGAGAAACUUUAAAGUAAUGAAUAAAUUCGCUAAACAAAGAGAAGCAUUCCUUGAGCAAAAUAAGGACUUGGGAGAGACUAUUUCAGAUAAAGACAAAGUUCAAGAUGAAAAUGACUCUGCUGAACAUAGACAUUGUGUUAUGUGUGGGGAGGAAGAAUCCAAGAAGAGAAUGUUUGUUUUAUUUACAACAAUCGAAAGUCAGGAGUUUUGGAAGUUGCCGUUUACUGAUGUAGACCAAGCUAAAAUAGCAUUCCAAGACUGGGAUAACCAAGAAAGUCGUAAAGACAACACUGAGUAUGGAAAAGGGUUUCAAUUCAAGGAAAAGAAAUCUCCUCGUGAAUUUGGAGGCUCAAGGAAAGUUUUUAGUUCAAAGGUAUUAACAACUUGUGGCCAUGGUAUACAUAACUCCUGUCGUCUUGAGUCACCUAUAAUGUCUAGGACGAAGUAUUCCCCAUGUCCAAUUUGUAGUGACGGUUGGUCUCUUGCACUUCCUAGUCCAAUUACCCCUAAAGGAAAGGGUGGUUUCCCAAUUGAAAAGCUCAAUGAACCCCCAAAGCUUACGAAAUAUAAUCAGAUCAUUCAAUCAGUGGAAGAAGAUAAAUCGAUUGCUAUAUUGCAGUAUUUCGGAGGUCAUCCUUCUAAUGAUUUUCUUUUUGAGGAUUAUCAUCGUCUGAUGUUGUUCAAUACUCAGGAAACAAUGAAACGCCUACUCUACGAUAAACCCCAUCUUCCGGAAUACCUCAAAUUACCUGAUGCUGAAUACUUCAACUACAUAACUUAUCUUUCGGCUAUCAUUGGUGAUACAAUUAAAAUGCAAGAGAUGAGUUCAAGAGUUGAAGGUGGGGAGAGUUAUUCUGAAUUUUUGAGCGAUUUCCCUGCUGAAUCGAAAAGUGCAUUAAAGAGCUUGAUUCAAUGUAGGGCAUAUAUAAUGCUAAAUCAUGGUAAAUAUUUGGCGCCUAAAAUCACUAAAACUGACAUUACAUUGAAAAUUGAAAAAUUUUGGGAAGCCUGUGAUGGAUUGGAACUUAGUGGGGUAUUCACUGAGGUUGUGGUCUUAUUCUUCCAAACUGAAGAAUCAUUUUUGACAAUUACAAGACUCGGGUAUACUAAACUUUUCAUUUUAACCAUUUACUCCCUUCUUCUUCGUGGUCUGAAGUCUAAAAAGUAUUUCAAAUCAUUUCCCAAUAUUGAAGAUAGUGGAAGAAACGUCCCUAUGACUACAGUGACUGAUUUAAGAAACCUUAUAAUCAAUUUUUUCCCUACCUUUGAGGGCUGUGAAAGUGAUGAAAACAUAGCAAAGUUGUUCUUGGCAGUAGAAAGUUGCAUUCUUCCUUUCCUUAGGCAGUUGAUUCUCUUCAAAGACAUCUUGACUUGUACGUACGUGGGUCACAGAGAAUGGGAAUCUGCUGAAGAUUUGAAGAAUUUAGAAGACGAGAUUGUUUGUCAGAGCUAUCUCUCUUCCAGUGAAGCAUUGACUAAAAAUUUGAAUUUGAAACUGUUGCAUGAUUUGAUUCAUAGUUUCACGAAUGCGGACGACAAUGACCUGGAUUUCACUCUUGAGAAAUCGGUUUUCAACAUUGUGAUCAAUGCCAAGAUACCAAAAUUUUUGGAUAAAGGAAUUUUAAAUCUAGACUACCCCGGCAUUAUUAAACUUAUAGACUUACCUGAAGAAUUAUUCUCAUGUAUAUCGAAACUCAGCACAGAUAGACAUGAUCGAAAAAUCUGUUUGAUUUGUGGUGAAAUAAUGCCAAAAGAAAAUGAACUCGUCCAGUUUCACACGAGCAAAUGUAGCUCUCAUGUUCAAUUAUUGUUUCAGCCCAAGACCAGCAUGCUUGAAAUUUAUAGAAAAUAUGAACAUCAUGGGGAUACUAGACCGAUAGCAUUAAAAAUUGCGGCACCAUAUUUGACUGAGCAUGGUGAAAUCACUAAGUCUUUUGGUCAAGCGUCAUUAAAUCACUUGAGAUACCGGAAGUUCAACAAAGAUUGGAUUAAUCAUGGUCUUGAGAAGCUUAUAUUUAGGGUACUUAUUGGGCAAAGUGGAGGUAUUCGAAAUGCAAAUGUUAAUGGAUUUGGACUUGCGCCAGAUCAGUCGUCGGAUGAAGAUGAAGAAGAUGAAGAUUAUGAGGAUGAUGAAGACGAAGAUAUGACGGAGGAAGACGAAAGGAGAGAAGGAUUUGUGGUGUUUGCAAAUGAGAUGAACUAG